ACAGGAUCAGGACAUCAAUUGACUCACUAACAUCUUCUGGCUUCCAUCCUUCCAGGUCUUUCUGACUCUCCUCUUCUUGCAAACGUAAUAACCUCUUCAAGCUCCAUAAUCCUUCUUUGACUCAGUGACCACUUCACUCUUCACUGCUCUCCUCCAAUUCCCACUCCGACAUCCUACCAAACACCGCCCAUGGCGCCACUCCACCCAGCAACCCACGGCAUCCACGCCGACGACUGCACAAACAUCCUCACCGACAUCGCACCUCCCAUCCACACCAGCACCACCUUCCGCUACCCCCGGGACCCGUCAAAACUCACCCCCGUCUCCCCUGAAGAAGGCGAAGUCAUGGACCUCAGCAUGCCCCUUAUCUACUCGCGCUUGGCAUCCGCAAAUAUCAAUCGCCUCGAGACCAUUCUUGCCCCCCUCAUUUUCCCGAGAGCCAAGGAGGAGGAGUAUGAAAAGCUGGCGAACCAUGUUGUGAGUUAUAGCAGUGGAUUGAGCGCGUUCCAUGCGCUCCUUGUAAGUGUGGUGCCGAAAGUCGUCGCAAUCAACGGGGGAUACCACGGCUGUCACGGCGUUCUCGACCUACACAAGCGUAUGCACGGCGUGCGCACCGUAGACCUUCACGCCGACGAGAAAACCUGGGAUGAGAGUGGCAUCGGAAAAGGCGAUCUGGUGCACCUCGAAACACCCCUGAACCCUACCGGCGAAGCCUUCAGCAUCAAGAAGUACGCCGAGCGAGCACAUGCCCGCGGUGCGUUUCUGUCUGUCGACGCGACGUUUGCGCCGCCCGGGCUACAGGAUCCGUUCGCAUGGGGCGCGGAUUUUGUCAUGCACUCCGGCACGAAGUAUAUUGGUGGACACAGCGAUAUGCUGUGCGGUAUACUCGCCACCGCCGCUACUUCGGAGGGACUGAAGAGAGCUCACGGGCUGCGCGCUGAUCGCUUACACCUUGGCGCCGUGCUGGGGAGUCUAGAGGGCUGGUUGGGCGUGCGAAGCCUGCGGACCAUGGAACUCCGCGUGCAGCGGCAGAGUUCGAAUGCCGAUCGCUUAGUAGCCUGGCUCAACGACUCCGUCAACGGGAUCGGAGAGGAUAGCUCAGUCGUGAAGAAGGUCGUGAAUCGCGUUACCCACGCCUCCCUCCAAACCGCCGACUUCAGCUGGUUGAAGGAGCAGAUGCCACAUGGGUUCGGGCCCGUGUUUAGCAUCUACGCACACGACUCUCAGCAAGCGCGCAGUCUGCCGAGUCAUCUGAAGCUGUUCCACCACGCGACGAGUCUGGGCGGUGUGGAGAGUCUGAUUGAGUGGAGGAAGAUGAGCGACGCGGAGGUUGAUGAGCGCUUGUUGCGGGUUAGUAUUGGAGUUGAGAACUGGGAGGAUCUGAAGAACGACUUCUUGAGCGCUUUCAAGGCUCUGGCAGAAGGCAGUGCGAGUAAGGAAAAUGCUACGAAUGGGACGAACGUACAAGUUGGUCAGGAGGGCGCAAAAGUCGAGGGUGCUGGGCAGGGGUCUGUUUGAGAGAUUGGACAUGCAGAAGAGGAAGCACUGUAAAAGCAACGUCCGCAAGAUUUCAGACCGUAGAGUGAAGGAACCAAGUAAAUCCAAAAGUUGAAC